AUGCCUAUUUCCAAGAAAGACCGUAUCCACCGCGAGCACAAAAAGGCCGAGGCCGCUGGCACUCGUAUUCCCGUCAACCCCAAUGGCACUCCGGUGAAACCCAAAAAGGCAACUUCUAUCUGCGUCUUCUGCAAGAAGGAAUUGGUAAGUCUACACUUGUGCACGAUGAUCGCAGAAGACAAUCAACUGAUGCCAUGGUGCAGANCUAGCUCCAACCUCGCCGUCCUCGAGCAGCACGCCGGUAAGUCCAAGCUCACUCUCGACACGCCAUGGUCAAACAUGAUCCAUCUCUGA